AUGGAUUAUCUGCACUGCAUCCCAAAAAAGAGAGGCCGUCGCCAUGAUGGAGAGGUAGAGGGAACUCACGCCGGCACGAGUCCUUCAGGUGCAAAGACGUGGCAGCAUACAGCUGAUCAAGGCUCUCCUGUUACUAGACAGGUGCCAGAAAAACAGAGCUGUCCCCCUAACGGAGGGAGCCGACCAUUGGGCUGGCAGGCUCUGAGGCGAGGCUGGAAUACUGUCAGGGCUUCCGCUUUCCCUGGACACAGUCGCUCCAUCGAGCUCCCCUCAGGGACCAGCUCAGAUCCCAACGGAAAGUCCCCCCCGAUGAAAACAACCAGCGUACAGCCCCUCAAGUAUUCUCCUCUGCAUCGGACGACUUCCACCGAACCCUGCAGACCGCAAACUCUCACGCAAGGGACGAACUGCGCAGAGACAUACAAGACCCAUUCCUCUUCAUAUAGGUCAAACAGUGUUCAACCAAUAAGGGCAACAGCCCCGCUGCUCAGGUCCAACAGUAGCUCGCAGCCCGCACACAUCCAGACGAGCUCUGCUGUGACCACACUCAUCCCUCAGAACAAAGCUGGCUUCUCCUCCAUCACCAUAUCCUCCAGGAAAGUGAGCAGAUCCAACAGUCUGCCCAGCUCCAGUCGCUCUUCCCUGUGUGGUUCUCCGCCCCCAACCCUCCAGCCCAUGGAUCCCAACUCCAGGCAUUUCACAGUGCAGAGGAAGGCCACCAUAGUCAAAGUGACGGAGCAGAGGGUGAUUUCCAUCCCUGCCCCAAGCACCACAAGAUUAGAUACGCCACCAGCGAGCCAGGGUUUGGACACAGUGGUCCAGAGAAGAAAGGCUACCAUCAUCAAAGUGACAGAGCACAGGGAGAGCUACAGUCCAGCCAAGGUGGGGUCUGCAGCGAGGCUCCCAGGGUACAGACACAGCUACACAGAGGGAGGGUACCAGGACAGCAACACCUGGGAUCAGGGAAACCGUUCAGGGCCCUCGUAUCCUCAUGUGGAUUCCACCAAGAAGCCAAACCCCUCUUUAACACCAAAUCCAGCCACUUCAGAUCUAGAGAGAAAUGGCGGAUCUCUACACCGGUCCACACUGAGCCUUUUUGUGAGCAGCCCUCCUGCCAUAGCAUCGCCCACUCCCUCAGAGAUUUCCCCGAAAGCUGCUGGACAGAGAUCGGGCCGGCCGCACAGACCACUGAGCUGCUAUGGCAAUGUGUUCGGACACACCGAGCCAAGCAGGGAGAAUGUGACCCAGCCGCCUGCCAGGAAAUUGAGCUUUGGGCAUCCCGGUACCAACCCUGUCAACCACAACAGUCGUUUCAUCAGCCCCGGAUUGAUAGCGAGAGAAGCAGAUCAGCUGGUGGCCCACACCCUCACGCCAAAGAGAAGCGAGGAGGAAAGAGUGGCAGCAGCGGAGGCUGCGGCGAGGAGAGCGUCUCCCUGUCUGACUCUCAUCCAGGCCCCUGAUCCCAGCUCACAUCAGUCUCCACAGGAAGUGCUCGCACUCAACGCAGCGGCCGUCAUAGCAAACAUCAAACUCCAAAGACAACUCAGCAGGAAGAAAACACCGAAUGGAAAUCCUGCGAAGGACUCCGCACCGUCACUCCAGGGAAAUACAGAGACAAGUAUGAAGACUCAUCCCGAUCGAAGCCCUGUCCGGUGUCACAACAUGCCUCACGCUGCUGUGGUUCCACUGAGCGUUGACCAUGAGACGUCACAUAGAACUGUUUCUCUACAGGAAGCGCUGCAGAGGUCCAGACCCGGCUUCAUCCGCCGAUCCCAAGGCCGACUGCAGGAGCUGGAGCGAAGGUCGCAGGAGAGGAAGAGGAGGGCGGGUUCGGUCACCAGUCGAUCAGGUGUCGCUAACAGGCAGAGAAGAGCCCACAGUGUCCAGUCCAACUCUGUGAAAGAUAACCUCGUCAAACCCAGAGAUAGAGUCAUUAACGGGAAAGAGCCGCAGCUCGGAUCCAAGCCGUUUGCAGAGGUGAAGAGAAAAAAGGAUGAAGAGAAGAACAGGGAGGUGUGUUUGACCAACAGACAGCGGGUGGAACUUUUCAAAAAGAAACUGUUGGAUCAGAUCCUUCAGAGGAGCAGCAGCUGAACGACGGAUGAGGACGAUGGCUCCACUGCAGCGUCGUGCAACAGACUGAAGACGUGAACUUUGCCUUUUAACUGAGCUGAAUAUGAGUUUGAAUAUCAACGUCGGCCUCGAUAUCAUUUGAGCCUCAUCUCAGCUUCCGCCCCUGUUUGUUUCUCUCCUUCGUUACAAUGCAUUUGUGAAACAGAGCUCGACAUCAGAAAAUAAGAGAAAUCUUUUGAAACAUCAGAAGGUCAUCUAACAACAAUAACUGCUGUUUUGCUUCUUUUUUUUUUUUUUCACAACUCCCAAAGACCCUUCUGUCCAAAAGUAUUAUGCUCUCAGAUGCACCAUGACAAAAUGCUUUUUAUCUUGUUGCAAUAAUACUUUUAAGCUCCACAACAAUAGAUAUUUGGCAGAAGUUGCAUAUCUCCUUGCUCAUUUGAAUAGAUAAAUACCUUAUGAUACAUUUUCAAAUGGUUGUUUUUAUGCAGGAGGUUUAAAGGGUCAUGUGAUAUUCUAAAAAUACCUUCACAACAGUGUUAAAUGUUGUUAAACUGACUUUCGGGUGCAGAUUUCCAUCCUCUCCAUCUCUUAGGAAUGGAAUAACAAAUGAACAUGGUCCAGAUGAGUGUAUGAAAUCCUGUGUCCCCACUCUGCUCCGCCUGUAAUCAAACGUCUCACUGACGCUGAUCAACAAACGGACUGAUCCCACUUCGAUCUCACAUCCGCAGCGGAGUGAUUCAUCAGCGUUAUCUUGUUUUCACUUGAUUGCAAAUCGCCAUUCUCGGCAGAAUACUUAGUGUAAUGGGACGCAGAGGAACCGCUAGCCUCACGAUAAAGCACCGAUGUCCUCACGCAUUGCACGCAGCCACUUUCACAUGAUCUCAUGUGAUUCGAGGCAGUGAUAUGAGACAAAAUAAUUCACUGUGCUCCGUUGUCCCAUCCAGGACAGUCUUCACCCGUCCUCAUGAUGCAGCCGAGAGGCAGACAGAUGCCUGAAAUGGGCCCUGCUGUCAAUAGUGCCAGCCAUUAGCAGUAAGAUGGAGGAAUGUGACCCCUUCUCACUGGGAAAUGCCCCCCGUUAAUGGACAGUGGUGAUUUGAAAGGAGCUUUUGUCCCGUGAUGGAUCGCGGACCUGCCACCGCAGAUUUAGAUUUGUGUGUUUUGAUCCAAAGCGUAUGUGUGCAGCUCGACAACAUGAUGGAGCUGGCUGUAAAUCAAGAAUGAAACCUAUGAAUAUUUAUUUUUCCGGGGAGCGACAGACAACACGGCAGAUGCUCUUCUUCAUCACUCUUCGCUGUUAUUUGACUCAUUAGCCGUUAAGUGGCAGCUCUAUCACAGUCCAGAUGUUUCAUCCGUCAAAAUUUACGCUGAUGUCUCGGAGAAGACAGACGACUGCUAACUACUAUUUUUGAAAACCUGGCUUCACGUCGGUGCGUAUCAAUGUGUGGGUGUGUUUGGACAGUUGGAGUCUACUAAUAACAGCAGCAGUGUAAAUUAUAUUGAUAGAUAUGAUAGCUAAGUAGUCUACCCACUGCCGACAAAAAGAUUGUUUUACUGUCUUAAAUGUGAUAUCGACAUAACUGAAUUGUUUAUACUUCAACUAUGCAUUUUUCUAUUUUAAUCAAAUUAUAUGUAUUUUAUAUGUGA